CGCAGCAAAAGCAUCACCACCCACCCACCUGGCUCUGGGCUGCAAAGCAAGCUCAAGCCGCCACCACCUAGGCCUAGCCUCCUGGGACGGGCAGACACAAGCACAGAAGCACGGGCAGACCAAAGACAAGGUUGCGGUCGGCAGAGUUCGAAGGGGAAAGAAAGUCCAUCUUCCAGACCGGCUUUGCCCACCUGCCUCACCUGUGCAACCUCGCCCGCUCGACCAAUGUAGCCAGCCCAGCCAGUAGUCAGUCCCGUCUGUUUGUUCUCUGGCCUACGCCUACUCUGCCUCUGUCGCCGCAUCACCACAAACAACAGCCAGCCAGCCAGCCAGUCAUCAGCAGGGCCAGCCUUCUCCCCUCCCCUCAUCUCUGCUCAGCACUCAGCAGCAUCCCACAUCCAUCCAUCUGCAUUGUCUCUCAAACUUGCCAUCCUGCCCGCCCUCGUGAGCCAGGCAGAUCAGAUCCAGGGGGUUUCCCAAUUGCCAUCGCCAUCCCCGUCCCCGUUCCUCAUCCUAUCCACCCCACCAACUGGGUGAGGCACGCUUCGACGCACGCACUCGGUCCAACCCACUCUCAUUCGAGUCCAAUCCAAUCCAAUCCAAUCCCGUCCAACCAGCCCGGUCUCGUCCAGUCACAGUCCAACCCGGCCCAGUCAAAGUCCACCGACCAACAGUCAAGGUCCAAGGGCUGCAAGGACAGACAGACAGGACCACACUGGCAGCAAGCAGGACCACCCCCCUCUGCGCUUCCUAGCUGCUUUGCCUCGCCUCUUGGUCGCCGCCCGCCCGCCCUGCGGACCUGGGAACCCGGGAGCCUUUACCUCAUCAGACUCUGCAGCUGUCUAUCGCAUCCUCCAUCCCUCUUCCCACCGCCCUGCCGCUUCUGUCAGCAUAUCCUAUCUGUAGACUACUGUCUUCCUUAUUGCCAUUUCCAGACCUGCAGCCCUGCCUGCCUGGUCCAUUAUCAUCCUGCCAUCUCCCGCCUCUGCCACCAAUCUCCCUCCAGCCCUUCAACUAGGAGGCUGCGGCUGCUCUGCUCCUUUCCCUUCACCAACAACACACCGGGCUGCCACCCUCCAGUUCAGCCCAGAUCUCCUCUGCCACAGGCAGACAGACAGGCAUACAGACAGACUGCCCGCCCGACAGACAAUCCACGGUCUGUCUGCUCCUCUCGUCGAGCUUACAACGUCCCUGUCCAGUGGCCCCGGCCUUGUCUUGUGAUACGUCAGGACACGGCGAGUCAACCGGCUUUCACAAGGCACAAGGUACAACACCGGCCGGUAUCCACCUAGCAAGGCAACCUCACCGACUGAGCUGCAUCGCGCAGACACACGAGCCUACUCCUGCCGCGCCCUCCACGACACGAUAGAGACCAACUCCCGUCGCCUGUCAACCGUCAACUGUCAACUUCACCAGCAGGCCCUCCACAAUCAAGACAGUCCUCGCCCCCACAAAGAAGGACAGCUAUUCUUAACCAAAACCAUCUCCACAUACCACCGGCUACCCCUGCUUCUGUCCUCGCUGCUCCCCCCCGCCUCCCGAACAAAGCCAAGUCGAAUCAAAGCCGCUCGACCUGGGUCAUUCGUCUGGAUCAAGGGACCGACUGAAAUGUCGACGGUUGAACCAUAACUCAAUCAUUGCCUUUCGAGUUCGAGAGCCAGGGCGGUCGCUCCAAUGGGUAACAGCCAGGGCAAACCCGUCGAGUUCGACGGAGAAGUAAACCUCAACCAUUUUCGACUUCUGCGAGUCGUCGGCCGAGGAGCCUUUGGCAAAGUACGCAUUGUCGAACGAAAAGAUACCAACCUGUCGUUUGCUCUGAAGUAUAUCCGCAAAGAUGAAGUCGUCCGGUCCGAAAGCGUGCGAAAUAUUAUACGAGAGCGCCGCAUGCUCGAGCAUGUCAAUCACCCUUUUAUUUGCAACUUGCGGUAUAGUUUUCAGGACAUAGAGUACAUGUACCUUGUCGUUGAUCUUAUGAGUGGCGGCGAUCUUCGAUUCCACAUCUCCAGGAAGACCUUCACAGAGGAUGCCGUCAGAUUCUGGAUUGCCGAGCUGGGCUGCGCUCUGAGAUACAUACAUGGCCAGGGCAUCAUCCAUCGCGAUGUUAAACCCGACAAUGUUCUCCUAGACGCAGAUGGCCACGUACAUCUUACAGAUUUCAACGUGGCAUCCGACAUCAUUCCCGGAAAAGUUCUGACGAGCAAAUCCGGCACACUCGCAUACCUAGCCCCCGAGGUCUAUGCUGGACAUGGCUACGACAGACGGGCUGACUGGUGGUCACUCGGAGUGCUCUUCUAUGAAUGCAUCUACAACAAGAGACCGUUUGAGGGGAAUUCUGAGAACGCUUUGAGCACCGUCAUACAGGCGGCCAACCCCAAGUAUCCAAUCACGCAGCCACCCGUCUCCUUGCUCUGCCUGUACGCCAUCAAGGAUGCACUGACCGCAGACCCAAACAAAAGAAUGGGUCGCACAUGGGAAUCAUUCACACAACAUGACUUCUUCCGGGUGAUCAACUUCGAAGCGCUCGAGAGGAAGGAGGUGGAGCCGGUGUUUGUGCCAUCAUCCGAGAAGACCAACUUCGACGCAACAUAUGACCUCGAAGAGCUGUUAUUGGAGGAAGCUCCCCUGGAGGCCCGGGCGCGGAGGCAAAAGCCGCGAGAACGGCUCAAGGAUGACGCCACGGACAAAGAAAUCAGGGAGGAUGAGCUGUACAGGAUGAUUGAGAGCGACUUCAGGCCAUUUGACUACACUGUGGCCGCUUACAAAAAGAUCACGGAGGGAAGCGCGGAGUGUGAUCCCGCCGCGGCAGGCGUGAAUGGCUUGCCCGAUGCACAGCAGCCACAAGCGCUAACCACUAAUGAUGCACGGCCGCUGUCACAGGCGACAGCCUCAUCUAAUACUUACCAGGCCGGGCCAGGACAACCACUAGCACCCUCGCGGUCUACGGAGGCCAACUCGACACCACAGCAACACGGAAAGGGCCUUCACAACAGCAGGGAGCGUAAGGGUGGCCCUGGCCGCCCGCCGCCCUUGCCACCAUACCCCAGCUCGUACACGAACUCGAAACAUGGAAAGGCAGCGGGGCCCAAAGGCAUCUUUGUCGAGAGCCCGACUGGCGGGGUCCAAGUCACGCUCGAUGGGGGUGGCAGCUGGUCUGACCUGGCACGACAAGAUGCAACACUUCCUGCCGAUGCUGCCGGUGCAGGACAGGAGGGUGGCAAGGUCGAGGCUAGUUCAGGUGGUGUCUUUGGUUUCCUGAGUAGGAAGAAGGGAAGAGGCAACAGCCCAAAGCCGAAGGAGAGGGGAGUACUCGGGAAAGAGGGCGCUCGCGUUGUCAUUGGUUAGGCACGAUUGGGGUCAUCGAGCAUGACCGGCCGGGCCACGGUUGCGAAGGACCAGGAACAGGAAAGCUGCCGGACGACCAGAAGCCUCUAGUCCGAUUCGAUUCACACCCUCGAGGAGGACGGUUCAGCCAGAAUAUCGAAAUCGUCGAGGGCUGGCCCUGCUCGAGCGGAUUACCGAUGAUGAUCCCAUCGUAACAGCAACGUUGUGGUGUCUAUUUCUACAGGCCCGCGCGAGAAUCCGAUGCGCCAGAAGGGGAAUGAGCAGCCGAAAGCUCCACAGGCCGGUUGGUGGCUACUAGGAGGACUGACGGCCCACUCAGAUGAACUCUUUGCAGGGCGGAAAUUCUCGAACAAAGAACGGCGGGGUUGCGCACCGGGAUCUAAAAGGGCAGCGCAGAGGUUGCGGAUGGCGAGGUGCCUUUACCGGCUUGCAUGGGGCGGAAGUGCCCGAUUUUCGAUUCGCGCCUUGGCACCCCGUCCGUGUGCGAGUGUAUUGUUCAUGGGUCCAUUGGCGUCUUUUGAUAGAGUGGGUUGCUGGGAUGGAUGUAUUGGUCGCGGUACAAGCUUGCAUGAGGUUCCGGAUUGGGAAUCGUGGAGUCGUUUGGUGCAUGAGCGAGUCGAGAUAAUGGUGCGCCGCCUAUCAUCUCCAUUCCCUUUUAUUUUCAUCACUCUCCCGCAUAACACUUUUUAUCGACAUUAGCCUUUACAAAGCAUGGAUAGUGGGAGGCUCACACAGCAGACGAAGCAGGUCCCUUGGGACUUGUCAGUGAGGAAUGACCUGUUGGUGGCUGGGCAUGGUAGAGAGGGACACAGAGAGACCAUAAGUAGCGGAAAUACCCAAAUAGUUCGAUCAGUAGAUUUGGAAAAAAGACGUCUUUUACUGCG